AUGCGGCUGAGUCGGACCCUGGCCUCUCUUUACGGGGCUUUUCAGUUCGUCAAUGGAGAGACGCAGUUUUGCCAAGAUCCGUCGAUCGAAACCUGCCGGGAUUGCAUUUUACGCGGGCCCGACUGCGCCUGGUGCGCUGAUAACAUAACUGCCGAGGAUAUGGGAACACACAGGAUGAAAUGCGGCCGUCUGGACGACCUGAAGCAGCAGGGCUGCAAGCAAAUCGAAGCAGACAAGAAGAGCUCGCGGAGCAUCACUGAUGCGGGCAAAAAGAUCCGGCCGAAGAAAUCGACCGUCGAACUGCGUCACGGAGAGUCGUACAACUUUCAAAUCGAGUUUCAUUCAGAAGAGUACUACCCGAUCGACAUGUACUACGUCAUGGACCUGUCGCAGUCGAUGCAGGACGAUCUGGUAAAGCUGAAAGACCUGGCGUCGAAGCUCUGCGAAAAAAUGACGGAAAUCACGGGAAAAGACAACUUUAGGAUCGGCCACGGCAGCUUUGUCGACAAACCAGUUAUGCCCUUCAUUUCGAUCACCGAAGAAGACCUCAAAAAUCCGUGUGGAAAGGAGCGGCCGUGUGAGCCCGCGUACAACUUUCAUAACAAUCUCAACUUGACGCUGGACACGGAUAAGUUCUUUGACAUUGUCGACAAAAUGGAUCACUCGAGUAACUUGGACCAAGCAGAAGCAGGACUCGACGGCAUCCUGCAAGCAGCUGUAUGCAAGGAUCUCAUUGGCUGGGGCGAUGACAGGCACAAACUGAUCGUAUAUUCCUCUGAUGCACCCUUCCAUGUCGCUGGGGAUGGCAAGCUCGGCGGGAUUCUAGAGCCACACGAUAUGCAAUGCCACACUGAUGGGUCAACCAUGCCGAAUGAAAUUCCACGGGACAAGGCAGUCCAGUACGAUUACCCUUCAAUCGGGCAAAUUGUCGACGUAAUAAGCAAGAACGAAAUCAUCAUGAUUUUCGCCGUGACAAAAAGUGUCAAAAAGACUUAUUCACUUUUGGCGGAUUUAUUGCCGCUAGCAGCUGUGGGAGAAUUAGAAGACGAUUCGAACAAUGUGAUAAACAUCAUCGAAGAAAAAUACAACCAACUAGCGCAGAAAGUCCGACUCCAGCACUCUGGAAUUCCGGAAAACGUCCAGGUCGCUGCGAAAGUAAUGUGCCAUGCGGACAAACCUGAUGUUUGGACCGACGGAUUCGAGUGCGAAAAAAUCAACAGGAACCAAGCCGUUACUUUUGAUGUUACGUUAACAUGGAAUAGCGAUGGGGUCUGUCCAGAAACUACGACGGCACUUGCUGACUUCCUGAUUUAUGGAAUGGAUGCCAAAUCGGAGGUGGAAAUCAAAUUCAUCUGCGACUGCGAUUGUCCUGUUUACCCUGCGCCCAGCUUCAUGGUCGAUCCAAAGUUCACCCUGGACAAGAGGAGCGUCCCGUUCUCGUGCAACAGCGGAAACUAUUCCUGCGGACAGUGCGUCUGCCCAGAAGGCCAGACUGGAAACAUGUGCGAGUGCGAUGUGGAAACUGAUGCCGCAAAUGUUUGGGAAGGCUGUAUCAAUCCAAAGGACGUGGACGAAAAGCCAUGCUCAGGCUUUGGCAGCUGCGUUUGCGGCAAAUGCCAAUGCCAAAAGUAUCUCGGACGCGACAUCACUGGAGAGUUCUGCGAGUGCGACUCUGACGAGUGCCACAAGUUCAACAACUUGCCCUGUGGCGGACCAGAGCAUGGAACAUGCCAAUGUGAUGGAACUUGCAAGUGUGCUGAUGGCUGGAGUGGCGACAAUUGCUCGUGUAGUACGGACAAGCGAGUCUGUAAGAAUCCAGAAGACUUGAGGCGAUACGGGGACAGCGCAGCAGAAUGCUCUGGCAAUGGAGACUGCAACUGCGGAAAGUGCGAGUGCAAGGAAUUCCCCGGCAUCGGCAAGUACACCGGUCGAUAUUGCGAGAACUUCAACUCCAAAUGCGAACAACAUGAAGAUUGCGCCAAGUGCCUCGCAAAUGCAUUUUUCGAUGAUGAAGACGGACCUGUUCUGAACAAGAAAUGUGCCGAUGAUUGCCGCUCCGUAAACCAGGAAACUGAAAAGCGAGAGGACUUCUACAUCGAAGGCAUCGUCGAGGUCGAAGGCGAAAAAGGCCGCUUUGAAAUCGAAAAUGUUGAGAAAAUUUUCAUCCCAAAAGACGAAAAUGCAGAUUCCCUGAUGUGCGUUUCCAAGGACCGGGAGGGUUGCCAGUUCAACUUUGGUUAUAAAAUGUCAAAUGAGAAGAAAGUUCAGUUGAUGAUUAGCGACACGCGAGCAUGUCCCGAGCCGGUCAACGUUUGGAUGGUUGUCGGUGGCAUUCUUGGCGGUGUUGUCUUCCUUGGCUUGAUCAUUUUAUUACUGAUCAAGCUGAUUAUUUGUUGGAUCUCCCGAAUGGAAGUCAAAGAGUUUGAAAAAAUGCGCUCGAAAGAGGCGCUCACUAGUGGAAAUAAUCCAAUCUACCAAAAGCCGGAAACAACUCACAGAACCGACAAUAUCGUUUAUCGAGGCGCUGCCCUAAGCAAGAUGCCUAAGAAGAAGGCAAACAAGAAGGUUGAUGAUGACUGGGAAAACGACGUAGAGGAGAUGGAAGCGGAGACCAACCAGGAGGCCCCUGAAGUAUCAGCCAAGGCUGCUCCAGCUGCGGAGACUGUUGAUGACAUCGAUGAUAUGUGGUCGGACGAUGACAAGAAGAAGAAAGGAAAGAAGGGCAAGAAAGGAAAAGGGCAAGACGCCCAAGAAGAUCAAGCCCCAACUCCAGAACCUGCUGCUGAGGGCCCUGCCAUAAAAACGAAGGCCCAAAAAGCUGCUGAAAAGAAAGAGCGUGAAAAGCAAAAGAAAAAGGAGCAAGCAGCCAAGAAGAAAAAAGGCGGUCAGCAAGAAAAGACCGUGGCCGAAGUUGCCGCUGAACUCGCUGCUCAAGAUGACGAGCCCCAAGACACUGGCAAAAAGGGCAAAAAAGGAAAGAAAGGCGAGGAAGAAAAGCCUAAGAAAAAGAAGGGCGGUCCGCCAGCUGCUGCUCUCCGUGAAAUGCUCGAAGCUCAACGCGCCGCUGAAGAAGCUGAAAAGAAAAGGCGCGAGGAAGAAGAAGCCAAGGCUGCCGAAGCACUCAGGAAACAUAACGAAAAGCUCGAGCAAGAACGACUACGACGCGCGAAGAAGAACGAGCGUGAAAAGAAACGUCUCGAACGACGAAAAGAAGAGGGUAAAGCCCUUACUGAGAAGCAAAAGCGAGACAAGGCGAGAGCAGAGGCUCUCCUAGCUGAUCGCGGAAUCGAUGUUGAUGAUGUCGAUCAAGAAGAGGUCAAAGCUGCUCCAGUCAAAAUCCUAUCAAAAGCACAAAAGAAAAAACUCAUGGAGCAAGAAAGACUCCAGCGUGAAGCAGAAGAAGCCGCGGCAAAAGAAGCUGAAAAGGCCGAAGCUGAAGAAGAGGCAGAAGAAGGCCAAGAAGACUCUCCCGAAGUCAGUGAAGCUGACGAAGAAAGCUCUGGUGACGAUUGGGACAAUUCCUCUUCUGACGAAGACGAGGCGGAGAAAGACGAGGCGGAAGAAGAGGCCGAGAAGCCUGCCGUAAAAGAAGCGCCCAAAGCUGCUGCCAAAAAAGAAACCGAAGACUUGAGUGUCAAACAAUCCGGCCCGCGACCUGAUGACUUCUUCGAAAUCGCCGACGUUCACAAGCGAAUCAAAAAGCGAAGAAAAUACAACAAGGAAAACGCGAUCGAAGGCGAUUACAGAUGUCCCAUUGUUUGUGUCCUUGGCCACGUAGAUACCGGAAAGACCAAAUGCCUCGACAAUCUUAGACGGACGAACGUCCAAGACGGAGAAGCUGGUGGUAUCACGCAGCACAUUGGCGCAACGAACGUUCCUCUUGAUUGUAUUGAAAAGCGAACCUCGUUUGUCAAAAAAGUCGCGUUCGGCGAAAAACUUGACAUUCAAAUCCCCGGCUUGCUUAUUAUCGAUACACCCGGUCACGAGUCUUUCUCGAACUUGAGAUCAAGAGGAUCCUCUCUUUGCGAUGUUGCUAUUCUUGUGGUUGAUAUCAUGCACGGUCUCGAAAAUCAGACCCCUAGCUCACAAAAUUUGCAACUCUGCCCUCAUCAAGAUGUUCGAAAAACGAUUGAUAAUCAAAAGGAAAGCACGAGGAACCAGUUCAAGAAGCUCUAUGACAAUGUAUAUACACAGAUGGCCGUUGAGGAGCUGAACGUCAAGUUGUUCUGGGAGCUUGAAGGCGAAGAUGCAGCAGAAUGGAUCCCAAUUGUCCCUACCUCCGCCAUUACAGGUGAUGGUAUGGGCAACCUAAUCGCUCAAGUCAUCGAUUCUGCUCAAAACAUCGUCGGUAAAAAGAUCACUUACAAUGCCGGUGUCAAAUGUACCGUUAUGGAAGUGAAGACAAUCGAAGGACUCGGAAAAUCAGUAGACGCCAUUCUUGUGAAUGGCUGUCUUCAAAACGGCGACCAAAUGGUCCUCGCCGGUCAGCAAGGACCAUUCGCCACGCAUAUUAGGCAAAUCUACACUCCUCCGGUCAACAAGGAUCUACGAGUGAAAAACGCUUGGGUCAAACAUGACCGGGUCAAGGGCGCAACUGGUGUCAAAGUCGUCGGUCGAGGAGAAGAAAUCGAAAAGGCACUUGCUGGCAUGCCGAUGUACAUUGCUCGGCAAGAUGACGAAGUGGAAUACUUCAAAGCAGAGCUUGAGGAUGAAAUCGGCGAUGCUUUGGAUGCGAUUAGAUGCUCAGGAGAAGGUGUCUACGUUCAGGCAUCUACUCUUGGCUCUCUCGAAGCCCUCCUCGAAUAUCUUCGAACCGAAAAAGUCAAGUACUCUGGCAUCAACAUCGGCCCAGUCAACAAGCGUGACAUCAUGCGAGCGUCGACAAUGCUUGAGCACGAUGAAAAGUACGGAGUUGUCCUCGCCUUCGAUGUUCCAGUCACCCGAGAUGCACAAGAGCUCGCCGAUAGUUUUAAACCGCCAAUUAAGAUUUUCACGGCAAAUAUUAUUUAUCACUUGACAGACAUGUUCGAGAAACAUCUCAAAGACCAGAAGAAGCAAAAACAAGAAGAGCUCAAGGAAGUUGCCAUCUUCCCUGCUAAAAUGUCUAUCCUGCCAGAUUGUAUUUUCGCAAAAAGAGAUCCUAUCGUCAUCGGUGUCAAAAUCGAUGAUGGCCAGUUGAGAGUAGGAGCACCAAUUUGUGUACCAAACAAGGAAAACAUGUGUAUUGGCGCAGUUUCAUCCAUUGAAAGCAGUAACAAGCCGGUAGAUGUGGCCAAGAAGGGCGAGGAAGUCUGUAUCAAGAUCGAAAACACGACAGGCGAUGCACCAAAAAUGUUGGGUCGCCACUUCGAAAAGACUGAUUACCUCUGCACGAGGAUAUCCAGAGAUGGAAUCGACGCAUUGAAAGAAUGGUUCCGAGAUGAAAUGACGAAGCAAGAUUGGAAGCUCUGCAUUGAGCUCAAGAAGACCUUCAAGAUCCUUUGA